AUCAGUGGAAUCAGCGGCUGAAGGUGACGCGCGCGCGUCACAAAAGCGAACUAUGAAGUUGUAUUCAGAGACGGAGACGGAGAGUGACUGCUGGGACUGAAAUCACACGAGAAAGUCAAAGUUAAUCGAUGAAGAGAUGUUUCCAGAGAUAAACAGCAAGGGUGGGAAGCCUGAUGCCCUCCCACAACAGCUUAACAAACUGUAUAGUGAGAAUGCUCGCCUGGGAUCUGCCCGGCCCAGCAAGCUGAGCAAUGGAACAGGUGUUGGCGCUCUCCCAAAACUGAAUUCAAAGCCACAGUCUGUCCACCCUGCUAAAUCCAACUUUCAACUCUGUGGCACUUUGCCUCACAUCAGCGACAAACGCCAGCCCAACAACCUUCCAGUCCAACAGGGACGUCUUCAUGAGAAGACCUUGGAAUUCAAAUCCACUCGGCAGAACCUUUCAGAGUGCAUUGACACCAAGAGCCCAUUCAACAAGCAAGAGUGCGAGAGACUGUUGGAGGGAUAUGCACUCCCCAUGGCUCCCACAGAUGUGCUGAAGUACUUUGGAAAGACAUUGACUGGAUUUGAGCAGGAUGAGGUGUUGGACUAUUCCGAGAUCUGGUACUUGGGCCUGAACUCAAAGAAGAUUGAUGGAUCCCUUAGCAAGGACCAUAAUUCUGGCUAUGAUGAUGAGAGUGGCACUUACAAAAAUGUUAUUCAUGACCAUAUUGCUUACCGCUAUGAAGUGUUGGACAUGAUUGGAAAGGGAUCCUUUGGACAGGUCUUUAAAUGUUUGGAUCACAGAACCAAUGAAAUGGUGGCUAUUAAAAUUAUUCGUAACAAGAAGAGGUUUCAUCAGCAGGCAAUGGUGGAACUAAAGAUUCUGGAUGUCUUGCGGAGGAAGGACAGAGGAAAUUCCUACAAUGUCAUCCACAUGAAGGACUACUUCUACUUCCGCAAUCACCUAUGCAUCACUUUUGAGCUCUUGGGACCGAACCUGUAUGAGCUCGUAAAGAAGAACCGCUAUCAUGGCUUAAGCCAGGCUCUGGUGUGCCGAAUUGCUCAAGCUCUGCUGAAGUGCCUGCAGAUGCUGAAGAAGGAGAAGAUCAUCCACUGUGACCUUAAGCCUGAGAACAUCCUGCUGUCACCAAAAGGCCAAGGCAGCAUCAAGGUGAUUGAUUUUGGAUCCAGCUGCUAUGAGCAUCAGAGAGUGUACACGUACAUCCAGAGUCGUUUUUACCGCUCUCCAGAGGUGAUUAUGGGUCAGCCCUACACCUCCUCUAUUGACAUGUGGAGCCUGGGCUGCAUUCUGGCUGAGCUUUACACAGGCUUGCCUCUUUUCCCUGGAGAGAACGAGGCUGAGCAGAUCGCAUGCAUGAUGGAGGUGCUUGGACUUCCACCCACUGACUUUCUCCAGACUUCUUCCAGGAGGAAAUUGUUCUUUGAUUUUAAGGGAAACCCCAGGAACAUAAUCAAUAGCAAAGGCUUGAGUAGAAUGCCCAGUUCCAAAGAUCUGGCUGUUGUUCUAAAGACCAAUGACCAGAUGUUUCUGGACUUUAUCAAGCGCUGCCUCAGGUGGGACCCUAACAAGCGCCUCACCCCAGAGGAGGCCAUGCGACAUGCGUGGAUACAGGACUGCUGCCAUAAGAGCCGGCCCAAGACUCGACCUCUGAGGAACAGCAGCAUGGACACCCACACUGGGCUUGCCUACCUCAAAGCAGUUAAUAACAGGGCUGGGGAGAAGUCCCUGUUUAAUGGCUCUGAAAAGUCCAGGAAGGAGCUCUCAAGCCAAGUGAAGCCCAUGUCAGCAGAGCGUUGCCGACCAUUAAGAGCCUCUGCAGUGGAUCAGAAUGAGGAAGGCUGUGUCUCGAAUUGCAGAGAGAGCAGCGGGAAACAGGGAUCAUCUUUGGGAGGACAUUAUGUGCACAUUAUCAUUGAGCCACCAGAAGAUAUCACCAAUGAGCCAGACUGCCAGGAGCAGUUUUAGAAGCAGCGCCUGACAGCGUCAGGUUGGGUAUAAGACAGAAGAGGUGACCUUUUAUGUUGCAAAAUCAUUGUGCAUUGAUAAACUGGAAAAUAUGCCAUUUAUAUUUUUAGGCACUGUUGGGAUAGAUUGCUAUACAGACUUCUGUUUUUCAAAAUGAUUAAACUAUUAGUUAGCAAAAUGUGAUGAAGAUGUUACUGACAUUCAAAAAGAAGGACUUAGGUGUUUAUUAGUGUCAGUGUUUUUCUACUAUUUUAGUGGCCGUUUAAUGGCCAGGAGGGAGCCUUCAAUUGCUGUGUAGAUGUUGCAUAAAGCUUAUAACAAAGCAAUAAAAACAUAAAAUAACUACAAAACAAUAUAUACACAAACAGCUACAAACAUUCACAAAACUCAAAAAGUUAACAAACAAAAAUAUGUUUUUUGGAGACAGAGGGUCAGUAGUAGACUGUUCCAAAGCCUCGGUGCUGCAAAAACCUGGUCGCCUUUGAACCUUAGCCGAGAC